AUGAGGCACAUCAUGUGGAUACCCGGGCUCAUCCUUUUGAGCGGAAUUAGUUCAUUUGAGGCCAGUGGAAGAAACACCUUCACAGCAUUCAACGAUUCCACACAAAGUGCAACAAUGUUUCCUUCAACUGAUGGCAACGUCUACCAAUAUGAUCAUAUUAUAACCUCAGAUUCUACCUUUUCGGAUGGAACACUGACCUUAAUAACAGAGAUGAUGACUAACAUGGAGGCAGAAUCUGCAUUGAUCGAUACCAUGGGCGAUCGGUCCAUUGGUUGGUCCUGGUACCCUGUCACGUGGUCAUGGUGGACCAUAAUGCAGCUGGUUUCCGCCAUUGUCGGUAUCCUCGGUAACGGCCUUGUGAUACUGGUCCUCUUCCAGCGGAGAAAGAAGAGUCGUUCAACGGAUACCUUGGUGAGUGCACUGGCCGUAGCUGACUUCCUGACGUCUGUUGUGAUUCUUCCGGUUCCUCAAGCGACCACAUUUCCCUCUACAUUCCUUGGCGAGUUCUACUGCAGGGUUCUAUCUAACGACCCGAUGUGGUUCUUCGUCGUUGGUUCGAUCUACACGUUAGUGGCCAUUUCCAUCGAACGAUACAUAGCUAUUAUCUAUCCUAUAUAUUUCAAACGUGCCGUCACUCGCCGCAGGGUUUCUGUAGUCAUUGUUCUCAUCUGGGUCAUCACAAUCCUCUGCACCAUAUUUGUAGUUUUCAUCUUUAAGGUGGACGACAUUUCCGGUCGUUGCGUCCUGAACCAUCCCUUCCCUGAGGGCUUCUACAUAUCGGGUGUGUACUUGUUUCUACUCCACCUGGUCUUUCCGGCAACCACCAUGUUGGUGACCCAGGUCAUUAUUGCCAGAAAGCUUUACCACCAAUCGCUUCUCUUUGGGAAAGAUGAUGAAUCGACGUUCCACAUCACAGCCAGACGUCGCGUCGUCAAGACCAUGGCAAUUGUCAUUACGAUCUACAUCAUCUGUUGGAGUCCAAGUCAAAUAGCGUUUAUUUUAUUCAGUUUUGGCGUGUUACCACGGUCGUUUCGAGGUACCAGUUGGUACUACAUCACCAAUACCAUGGGAUUCUUUAACUCCUGUUUGAAUCCUAUUAUCUAUGCGGCACGCUUUAAAGACUUUCGUGUGGCUGUGAAGCAGAUGAUAACCUGCCAGUCGGCCAACAGAGCCCCGAUAUUUGAUCAGGAAACUGCAAGCAUGCCCGCAAACUCUAAAGCGGCUCAACAAGCUUGA